AUGGAUCUGGAUCAUCGAAACGGCUAUCAUCAGUCAGAAAACUCUCACAACCAAGGAAAUGUGAUUCACAAAUAUGCGAUGUAUGAAGCGAAAAGGCCUUUGGGUGAUCGCACUGUUCUGGGAAACUUAACAAAUAGACAACGGGAUGAUUCGGCACGUGAGAAAUUUAUCGGCUCCCAGUUCAAUCCAAUUCACAAAAAUAGCAAGUUGAUAAAUAUAGAAGCUAAAUACUCAUCAAUAGUUUCAACUACAUUGGGUCAUGGUGAUUUGAACUCAACAUCAAGUGCAGAUAGUGGUUAUGGCAGCAUAAACACUGAGUCGAUUGUUGUGGAAUCCAAACUUACAUCCAAAUCGUUAACACAAUCACUUUUGUGCUGUAAAUCAUUGAAUUCCGAACAAGUAUCAAUAUCAAAACGACCUCGUUAUGACGAAUCUGAUACAACUUCUCAGGUAGAAGUAUCUUGCGUUGAUGAAGAUUCAGAUGAUGAUAGAAGACCAUUUGAAUCAAAGCUGGCUUGUGAUAUUGUUCGAGCUGCAUUUGCUGAUCGUGUUCAGUUGGAAGAACUUUUAGCAGAAUGUAGAAGGGCCGAUUUCGCUAUUUCAGCCUUGGAUCGCUCUCCGGUUGAUCGCAUGAUGGAAGCUACAGACUAUAUUGUUGGGAUAAUGGCCUAUGAACAAACAAGGGAAGCAAAAGAAGAUUUUCAAGUGAAUGAUUUUUUGGCUGCUGGUAAACAACCUAAUCUCAAUGCUGAUAUGUUAACAACACUAGCCGAUUGGUUAGUCGAGGUUCAAGAAAGUUUCGCAUUGAAUCAUGAAACAAUUCAUUUGGCUUGGGGUCUUUUAUAUGCGUUUUUAGAUCGUGGUCAACCACUUGCUCGGCGUGAGAUUCAGUUAAUGGCAUGUGCUGCAAUCAUGGUUGCUUGCAAACAUGAAGAACGACAAAUGCCUCAUCUGAAUGAAUUUUUGUACAUAACGGACAACGCGUAUACAAAAGACGAAUUCAUUGAAGCUGAACGCCGUCUACUGAUAGCGAUCGAUUUUGCUGUACAUCGUCCAAAUCCUUAUGUUUUUUUGCGUCGUUAUGCUAGGGUUUUAGAUGCACAUAGUGGGCCAGUUCAGUUCACAUCACGAUUUCUUUUAGAAGCUGGUAUGCACAGUCAUACUAUUAGUUUGAAACGUGAGUCGCGCAAAGCUGCAGCUGUAUUGUGGCUUGCUCGAGUUGUUCUUCGUAAUCCGGCUUAUGCUGAGUGGACACGCAGAGCUGAUGUACAUCAACUUAGGCACUUGAUACAAAACAAUCCUUUAGCUCAAGCAUAUUAUGCUCAUUGUCGAAAUCAGAAGUCUAAGAUAACCAACAACAAGGACAAUGCGCGAUCAAGAUUAAACCAAAUUGUUACAGCCAAUGCAGAUUUAUCAAGAUCCACUUACGAUCUGUCUGCUACGAAUUCAUGUGACAAUGAAUGUUUCCAGACUAAAUUCACGGAAAAGACUUCGUAUGGCUUGUCUACAGCCUGUGAUAAUUCUGACGAGUCAUCCAAUGAAGGAAAAUACACAAAUUUCUCAACACUUAUACGUGCACCUCAUUCCACACCGAGUGGUCAUAACCAUCAUAUGUCAACAUCUGUGAUUGAUUCUUUCUCUGAAAACCAUAUAUUUGAUGGUUUAGAUCCUUCUAUUAAAUCUGAUCUCGAAGCGCUGCGAUUAGAGGAAGAACAACGUCAACCAUUGUGGCCUCCAAUUUUGGAGCAUAUCACAGGUUAUAAAGAAGCUAAUUUAAUUCCGCUAGCUUUACGCUACCAUGCAAUAGCUUUAAGAUUAAUAGCUGAAGUGGCUCGUGGUGGACAUUUGGCUGUUGCCAAUGCCAGUACAUCUGAUCAACCUACCAAUUUAAGUGUGAAACAAAAUAAUGAUGCAAAUGUUCAUAUGAUCGACGUUGAUGUGGAGGAUCCAUCUAAUCCUCAGAACACACGUUGUGUAUCACCCGGGGGCCAUUAUUUGCGUCGUCAGUCUGUUACUAAAUAUUGUUCAAGUGCAUUUUUGAGUGUCGCUGAUGCCUAUCCUCAAUUGUCAUUUGACAAUUUUGUUCCAUAUUUCCCAUCUAUCCAAUGUGCAGAAACGUGUACGUGCUUUGUUUGUACAAAUCUUAUUCGUCGUUUUAAUUAG